AUGGGGAUUCCUCAUUUGACUAAACAUCUGCUCCCAUAUGGAAAAACUGCUGUUCUAAGCGGGAAUCAAAAUCAAGAGCUUUCUCACGUAUCGUCAGUGGUCAUUGAUGGUCCUAGUCUGGUAUACUACGUGUAUGAUCGGCUUUUAGCUUGGACAAAUCUGGAAAUCGACGUGUUGGAUAUCCAGCCAUCAUGCGACGAGGUUAGUCGUGGAUUUGUGAGUUAUUUGCUAGAAUUGGCCUAUCUUGGGGUCGAAAUACACCAGAUAUGUUUCGAUGGUGCAUUGCCUCUAUCUAAACGGCAAACUCGAUUAGCCCGAGUGGAAAAGUCCCGACGACGAUUAGAAUCGUUUCGUCGGAGAAAUCCCUUCUCGGUGAGAAAAUACUGCAAGGAGACCGUCAUUUGGCCCACGCAGAUUUGGAAAGACCAAAAUUUGCCUUCACGGCGAAGAAUUGUACCCGAAAAUCCAUUCAUGGUCUCUGCAGUUUUUGAAGAUCUGAAGUUCCGAUGGGACAGAAAGACAGUACAGAAAGAAGUCCCGGGUACUACCGUGCUCUUUGAAAAGGAUUAUCCCUGGGCUGAUAUCACCAUCAUGGCUCCCGGGGAGGCAGAUGUCGACUGUGCUCAGGUCGCAAGGCUCAAGCGCUCUACCGUGCUCACCAAUGAUUCAGACCUCUUAAUUCACAACCUAGGGCCUGAAGGUACAGUGAUCUUACUCAACUCCUUACAAUUCAUAGAGAACACGGCAGAUAUAUCAAAAUCCGAGAUUCGUGGGUUGAUAUUACAUCCGGCUGAACUCCCUAGUAAACUCGGCAUUGUGAAUCUUCAAAGAUUUGCCUAUGAGUUGACCAUGAAUCAUUUUCUGGGGGUUUCGGAACUGAUUCAUCGCUGUAAAGAAGAUCCUGAUGUCAAAGAUGAACCAGCCGAAUACGCUGAAUUUCUCCAAGAAUACCUAGUCAGCGAUGAUCUGCCCACGACAAGCCCAGGAUUCUCUUCACUUUCGCUAGACCCUCGAAUAUCCGAACUCUUCUGGCAGUUUGAGCUGCCUAGUGUAUAUUGCCAGACAGAUGAUCAGCCACAUGUCUACCUAGGUAUUCAAUACGAGGAUCCUACUAGGAGAUGUGCUUGGGAACAGGGAAGGUCACAUAGGGCCCUUGGGUAUUCUCUUUUCAAUCUUUCCCGACGAGUAAGGAGUCAAUUUGCAGCCAUUAAGGAAUUUGUACGCAGGGGAGAACGAAUUGUGGCUGAGCAAGUCACGCUCAGUAGCUCAAGAAAAGCGUAUUCAGAUUUGGAUUCUCUUCAGAAGGAUAUCAACCAUGCGGAAAUGGUGUUUGGAAGUAAGCAAAAGCCGAGUUUUUGGAUAUUAUUUGCCCUAUCUGAAAUUUACCGGGAAUCCUCCAAUGCGACAACUAUUCCCAACGCUUUGCUGUUGGAACACUUUCUGAGGUACGGGCAUAUGGGCAAAAAAACAGAAUGGGCAGAUAUCCAGCUUAUGGCCCAGAUCCAGGCGGUACUAUAUUCUCUACGAAUACUGAGGCAACUCCUUGAUGUCACAGACCUCGAUAUCUCACAACAUUACCGGCUGAUCCUCAAAGAUCUGCCACCCUUGCAUUUUCUAAUGACAUCUCGUCAUAUGAUGUCCCAGUACUUCCUCGACAUUAAUUCUACCAGAAGUGCAGUACAUGCACUGGCUAAAGAAUGA